AGGGACUAACCAUAAAGAGAGGGAGAGCCGAGAUUUUGCUACAGAAUAGUGAAAAGGACCAAGAAAAAAGGAACAAAACCAAGAGGAAGCGAAGAGGAAGAGUGCUGGAGAGACAUACAGACAGACAAAGGGAGUGAGAUGCUCAGACACCUCCUUUUGCUUUCCCUCCUGAUGACCUUUAACUUCUGCGUCACCUUGGGAGGGAGAGCUCGAUACAAACAGAAGCAGAUGGACAAUGCGCUGAAGCCAUAUGUGGGUCGAGUGGAUGCAGCUUCCCUGUGUGAGUUAAUGAAGUGUUAUAGUCCUGUUGGAUCACAGUGUCAGGUGGUGAAUAAUGGCAACAUUCCCGGGCCAAAGUGUAUCUGUCCAACCACCUGCCCUCAGCAGGGGGACCCAGUGUGCAGUGUUUUAGGUAAAACCUACAUCAAUGAUUGUCUCCUUCACAAAGAGGCAUGUCGCAAAAAACGCCGCAUUGGAAAGGCACACAAUGGACCAUGUUUGGAGGUUGGAGUGUGUUCGGAGCAGGAGUUCUGUCAGUUCCCCUACAGGCUGCUUGACUGGUUCUUGUUAAUCAGCAGAAUGGGAAAACGAUUUACAUCAGCAUACACACCAAGCUGCAUCACACACACAGCGCGAGUACAGCUUGCACAGAGCUGGUUUUUGCUGCUGGAUCGCAAUAAAAAUGGGAAGCUAAGUAUGAAGGAUCUCAAGAAGCUUCACUAUAAGAAGAUUCCACUGGAACACUGCGCUAAGAAAUUCUUCAAGUCAUGUGACAGUAACAGGAAUAAUAAAGUGACUGUGAGCGAGUGGAUUUCCUGUUUGGUGGAUCGAUCUGAGCAAUGGUUUAACGAAUACAUGUCAGUGAAAAUGGGUUCGAGGAAACUGUGUGAUCAGCGCAGCACCAUCGACACACAGAAUGGACCUGUAUAGAGAUGAAUUUAUUUCUGUAAUAUUCAUUUAUUCCAUUGUAAUCAUCCUGAAAAAUCCUUAGUCCAAAUUGAUUAAAAUGCUCAUUCUCGUUUUUACUUUUUAAUUGUAAUCAUUUGUUCUAUUUAAUUGCCAAUCCUUUCUUUUUAUUCCUUAAUUUCUUUCUUUCACUUAUUCUUCUUCUAUUCUUUCUCUCAGCUCUGAUUGUAUUAAGUCUGAAGUCAUUGUAUGUUUACAGUCAGAUGUAAUAAACUCUGUAGUCACCUUUCA